AGGUUAAAUUAGAAGACAAACAGAACCAUAAUAAUAUACCAGUUGACCAAACAAUACAAUCUAAACAUACCAACCGUAAGAGCAAGAAAAUAGCGCAAGUAAAAUUGUCUAUUUGUUAAAACCAGUCGGUUGGGUGAGACACGUACCCUGCAAGAUAUUCUGCUGUCGAAUAAAAAUGAUUUUGUUUUUUAUUUUUGGAUUUAUACUGUACUCGACCGCCAAUACUGUGUCAGGUCAGCCGAAUAGAAAUUCGUCCGAUGAAAGAGGAGAGUUGCUGUUUGUACAAUUGCUCUUUAGACAUGGUGAUCGAACGCCGUUAAGUUUUUACAAAAAUGAUCCGUGGAAGGAUCAAAAAAACUGGGAUCAUGAGCCAGGUCAAUUGACGAAUUUGGGUAAACAACAAGAAUUUGAAUUGGGACUAUACAUACGAGACAGAUACGCAGACUUUCUGGACCCUACCUAUUCAGAAAACGAUAUCUACGUUCAAUCGUCUAACAUCACCCGAACGAUAUUGAGUGCGCAGGCCUUUUUAACCGGUGUUUACAAGCCGGAAACAUCGCCGGAUUUUUGGACAAGCAAUCUACCAUGGAAUCCACCCUUCACCGUGCACACAACGCCAAGGAAAGUUGACAAUUUGAUCCAUGCGAACACAAAGUGUGCUGCUUUUAGUAAGCAUUUCGAUGCCUUUUUACAAUUGGACGAAAUCAAAGAAUUUGACCGGAAGCAUAAAGAGCUGUACGACUACUUAAGUUUGCAUUCGGGCGACAAUGUUGAAAAGAUGUCCGACACAGUACCUAUUCGAGACACUCUCUGGAUUGAAAGUAUUCACAACAAAAGUUUGCCCGAUUGGACGAAGAGAGUGCUCCGUGGUGGUGAUUUAUACGACAACCUGGAAGAAACGUUUCUUAAAACGUUCCGUCUAGACACUAGCACUCAAUUUAUGGCAAAAAUCAAGGGCGGAUUUUUGCUGAAAGACAUUCUUGACCGAUUCACAAAUAAAUCGAAAUCGUUACUGGAACCGGAUAGAAAACUCUGGGUGUACAGUGGUCAUGAUAGUACAAUAAUUCGAUUGUUGAAUUCACUUGGUAUUUUAGAGACUGUACCGAAUGUUUCCACUUGCGUUCUGUUCGAAAUGCGCAACAUUAACAAUGUUCCGCACAUCGAAAUAUUUUGGAAAGAUGCAUCAGCAGCGGCCGUACCACUUCGCAUACCGAAUUGUGGUCUGUCCUGCCCGUUGGCCGAUUUCUAUGUUUUAUACAAAAAUGUUCUGCCGACGAAAUCGUUUGAAGAAGAGUGCAUGGUGCCAGAAAACGAACGGUCCAAUGCUGGCAAAAAUGCUUCCAAAUUCAUUCUGCAAAUCAUCGCCCUGUCGGUAUUGUUGAAGCAGUUUAUGUACUAAAUUAGUGGACCCAUCUAAAUGGUUGCAUGGUUGAGCCGUCAUAUAAUUUGCUGUGUUGCGUUGCAUACAAAAUGAAAUAAAAAAUCUUUUUCUGUUUCCCAA